AUGCGCAGCCACAAGAAGAUCGACCGGCGAAAUGAACGGCGAGAGAGGAAAGAGAUCAUGCUCAACACGUUUCUGCGAUCCCACAGGUUCGGAAGAGAUGUGAAUGAGCCUCGCAGUUCCCGAGCACUCUGUUUGCCGUUCGGCAAGCCCAAAGAAGUCUUCUAUCCCCUCCACCAGGCAGCCAAGCUUGGUGAUUGCGAGAUUGUGCGCCUGCUCUUGGCAGCAGGGGCAGACCCGCAGCAGAAGACCUCCCAGGGUCGCACGGCAGAGGAGAUUGCACUGGAAGAAGACAGCCUUGGCAGCCAUGAGGAGGUACUGAUGCUCCUCACGAGCCAGAUUAAAGUGCUGCCUUUGCGUGAAGCUGUCAAGAUGAUGCAGGUUAUGCACCAAGACCACGAGGGGUUUAUGGUCCUUUAUGGCCCUGCCACAGCGCCGGAGAUGUGUUGGAUUUUGUUCAGCUAUGUCCAGCUCGACAAGCUUUAUAGAGCUCCACAGCGCCAUUCGGAGGGCCAACGGGCCAACCCCGGGGCGAUGGAGCCAACCGAGAACUUUCAACUGCGAAGGCAGCUGGAGCUCCUUGAUGAGGUGAAGACCCGUGGCUUCGAGGGAAAACUCGACUUCCUUUACUUGCCCUGGAGCAAGAAGGAAGGCAAGAACGAAGGAUAUUGCAUUCUGAGCUUCGUGGAUGGUCGUGAUGCUCAAGACUUCUUCUUGGAGUUCUAUGGGAACUUUUUGACGUCAGCACCCGCCAGCAGCAAGAGCCUCUCCGUGUGCGAAGUUCCCAACAUACAAGGCUUGAAGGCGCUCCACGGUGAGUUCGGGCACCUCAGCAACCAGGACCCAGAAUAUGACCCACUCUUCCUGCGUCAAGUGGCAGCAAAGCCUCGAACUCACCUGCCACAGGCCGACUUCGAAGCACAUGGAGAGUCAGCUUGCAUUCAUUGCCGGACUCGUCUACACAGAGGCCAAACUCAUUGUCCUCGCUGUGGAGCCAGUGUCAAGGUGCCUAAAGACUGUGUUUCCAGACUCAACAUGUUUGAGUGGAGUUGA